UUUUCUCCGCCACACUUUCUCUCCGAAAAAUUAUCUCUGAAGAACUUAUGAUUCAGAGAAGAAACUUGUUUGAUAGUUAGGGUUUUUUUUAUAAACAUCUCCUUUCCUCUCUUACCGUGAAGAUGAAGAAGAAAAAACAUAAAUCAGCAGUUUCAAAAAGUGGACAUGUCCAUUAUCCAUAUAGAAACAUAAGUGCGUAUGUUGAUAUGAGUAAACUGACACUGGAAUUCCCUCACAUGGACAUUGAUAAAUCUGAUUUGAAGAUGUUUGAGCAGUUGUUGCGUGUAAGGUUAGGUCUGGCUGAGAAUAAAAUUGUUAACUUAGUUUGGAUGGUUAAGCCAAGUUUGCCUCAAAGUUUGAUGACAUAUGAUGACUUUUACAAGUUUUGGGAAUUAGCUGUGGCUGAUGAUAGAGAUUGUAUAUGUCUUACUCUUUAUAUACUGAAUUCUGAUUUUGGAGAUGAUGAGUUUUUAAAUGUUGAACCACCACUAGUGACAACCAUUCAUGAGACUCCUAAGAAGAUUUGGAAUACAAAUAAGAAGCCAGUGUCUAAGCCAAAGCCACCUAGGAGGUCACCAAGGUUUCAAGACUCUUCUGAAGUGCAAAACUCACAUCAAUAAGGAGGUCCAUCAAGGAAAUUAUGUUUUGUGGAUUUUUUGGAUGAAGUGGAGAGUCAAGGUGGUGGAAAUAGUACCAUUACAACAUAAAGGUAGCAGUCAACCAAGUCAAGAGACUUUUAAUCAUGAUUACUGGUUUAAUAGAAUACAAGGAAGCACUGCUCAUAAUGCAACACAAGGUAGCACUGUGGACAAUGAUGUGAAUGAGUCUGAAGAUGAGGACAUUGUGCAUCUAGAGAAUAAGUCUGAAGAUGAGUGUAACCCAGUUGAAGAUCCAUAUGCCCCUGCAAUAUUUGAUAGUUAUUCUGAGAAUGAAAUAGGUUAUGAUGAAUAUGUAGAGACAUAUAAAGUUCCAGUUCACAAUGAAGAAUCAAGUAGCAGUGAAGGUAUUAAAAUUUGUUAAACUUACAUUGAGGUAGUAAAUUUGUAAAUGUUAUUCCUAUUUUUAAGUUUAUAACUUCCAUAUUUGUAACUUGCAAAUGAAGAUGGUAGUUGUGCUGAAGUUGAAGAUAAAAAUGAUGGUGGUCCUGAAAUAGUGAUUGAUAAGGCUUUCGGAAAACCUGUUUGGCACAAGAGAUAUCUACCAGAUAUGACAACAUUGGAGAGGAAGAAGAUCCAAAUAUAUUCCCUAAAGAAGAUGAAAUACCAGUAGUGGACCCUGAUAAGAUGCUGGUAAAGUGUGCCUUUCAAAACAAGCAACUUUUUAAAAAGCAUCUUAAAAGAUAUUGUGUCAAAGAAAAUAAACAGUUCAAAUGUAAAAAGAGUUGUUCACAGCAAGUUAGGGCCCAAUCUAGGUUCAAAUAUAGAGAUGAUUGUAAAUGGUUUGUUUAUGCCAGUAGAGUUGAGGGUGAGUCAACUUUUGUUAUUAGAAGUGUAAAUUUGGAACACACCUGUGUUGGUGAUCCAAAAAGUUUUAAUAGGUCUGUUGAUCCUGAUCUUGUAAAAGAUGUUGUGCUUGAAAAGUUGAAGCAUAGCUCUAGGUCUUUCAUACCAAAGCCUAGGAAUAUUGCAGAAGACUUUUCAAUGUUGCACAACAUCAAAAUUCCCUAUAUUUGUGCAUGGAAAGCUAGGAAUCUGGUUCUAGAAGAAUUGUUUGGUGAUUAUGAAGAAAGUUAUGCUGAAGUAACUAAGUUCUGUUCAAUGGUGGCUGACAUUAACCCAGGAUCUGUUGCCAAGUUUACAUAUGGAAGAAAAGGUAUAUGCAUAAGCUACAUUAAGAGUUUCCAAGAACUGAGUGUGAUGCUUCAGAUUUCUCCUUCACAAACACAGAUACACCUGAAACCAGCACUGCAAGGGGCAGAGCAAAGAAGCAAGGGAAAACAUCAUAUGUUGGUGAGUCUUCUGCACAUGGAAAGCCACCUCCAGUACCAAACACUCAAAGUAAUGCAUCUGCAGGACCCAGCAACACCCAAACUUUCAGUCAAGGUUUUGCUGGUAUUGGCUAUAUAUCUCAAAACAUUGCUACUGUUUCAAAUGCAAAGGGAAAGAAGGGAAAUGGAAAGAAGAAGAAGUAAGGGUUGUGUGUCUAUGUGUUUUUAGUGCUGGAUCUGUCAUCCUUUCUCUCUUUUUUUAUCUUUUUUCAAAUGCUUUUUGGUCUGAACUGGUAUAGUGGUGACAAAACAAUGUUGUUAUGUUUAGUUUGAAGUACUUUUUAAUAUUAAUGAAGUUUAUUAGUUCAAAGCAA